AUGGUGACGUUGUACUGCGCAAUCGUUGGUGCAAAGAACAGUGUGUUCGCUAUCGACAUUGAAAAGGAAAAAUCGGUGUAUCACCUGAAAAAGGCCAUUAAGGCGGAGAAUGAAGACCUUCAAGGCCCUGCGCGUAACCUACAACUCUUCCUGGCAAAGAUAACGGACGGCGUUUGGCUGAAAGACGACGACCCUGCGGCUCUGGAGUUGAAAACAGGAAAAAAGCAUAAAGACAUCCAGAAGAUGAUUGAUGCAGAUCAAGCGAUUGCUACGAGAACCUUAAAGCGUUGGCUAUUUGACGAUAACAAGAUGUUGCAGCCAUCGGCAGAGCAAAUCCACGUGCUGGUUGUAGCUUCAGAGAAGCUCAAAUGGGAGUCAAACCCAACUUUCAUAAGCAGGUUGAGUUCUUACGUGAAAGGGUGCUAA